CCCACCACAAACAGGAAGCGACAGUUCACCAGUCUGCUCAUUGGAAAACAGCUAAUUCACUUGUGCUAUUGUUUUAUUGAAAAAGAGAAGGCGCUGGACGCGAGAGAGGAUGUUCGUCGGAGACGAUGAAGAAGGAGACUUCUUGUCUCCGUCAGGAGGGGCUAAGUUGGCCUCCCUGUUUGGUCUAGAUCAGGAGGCAAGUAAGGGGAACGAGUCAUUUCAAUAUACAGCUCCCAAACAGCCCAGGAAGAGCUCCACUCCAGUGCCACCCUCCCAGAAACAAGCUUCACCGUAUGGAGCCCCAGCUGUGCUAUUCGCCACAGCCGUCCAAGCCUUCAGAUAUAUUAACGGACAGUAUGUGAAGCAGGGCAAGCUGGGAGCAGCCGCACUGGGCAACCACACAACAAAAGAGUACAAACUGCUUCUGUACUUGAGCCAACAGAAACAAGUGACCACUGCCAAGAUUCACAUGGGCUUUGUUUUCACGGUACAACCUAACCAUUAUUGCACUUUUUAUGAUGACCAGAGGCAGAACUGGUCCCUGAUGUUUGAAUCAGAAAAAGCUUCAUCAGACUUCUGCAAGGAGGUAUGCUUAGCAAAAGUGAACAGUGCAGCCUCUUUAGAUGCUGUGGUGGUUCAGGAUCUGAGUCUUGGGGAGGGCCAGGGGGUGGAGAAUGGAGACUCCCUGGAGGUGGUGUACACAGGCUGGCUCCUGCAGAACCAUACCAUCGGACAGAUGUUUGACUCCAACCAGGACAAAGACAAGUUGCUCCGACUGAAAAUUGGAGCUGGAAAAGUGAUCAAAGGCUGGGAGGAAGGGAUGCUGGAGAUGAAGAAGGGAGGCCACCGCCUUAUUGUCAUCCCACCGAACCUUGCCUACGGAUCCAAAGGAGUCCCCAACUGUGUCCCGGCUAACAGCACUCUUAUUUUUGAAGCAGAACUUCGGCGGGUGAAGUUUUCCAAGGACAGUGGCUCUGAUCGGGCCAGUGCCAGCUCCAGAGACUCUGCUGCUCCUUCCCCAGCUCCCAGUGUGGAGAAUCUGACCCCAGAGUCUGCAGUACAGAUGACUGUCUCAGGCCCAGGCAGACCAGGGGAGCCACAACUUCGUGCAAAGUCAAACUCUCUCAGUGAACAGCUGGCAAAUCCAGAUGCUUCUAAAGCCAAGCUGAUUUCUCGCAUGGCAAAGAUGGGUCAGCCCAUGUUGCCCUUUCUGACAGGAGCGGCCAGCCAGCCUGAAUCCAGUGACUCUGAGCUUGAGGACACCAGCGGCAGCAGAGUGAAGGAUCGGCCUUUAGCUUCAUCUCCAGUGCAGAUUUCCACUGCUCCAGAUUCAGCACAUGUACAUCCUCAUCCUCACACUGCUCCAGCUUCUACCUUACUUCCUGUUAUGACCACUGUUGCCCCGCACCCUGGCAGCAACCAUGCCUUUCAGCCCUACUACAAUCAGACCUCUAUGGCUCAGUCUCAGCUGCAGCCUUUUGGUCAGGUCUACCCUGCACAGAGUGUCCCGUAUACAGGCUCCAGUGAUGUGACUUCCUUCUUGAUGACUGAAGCACGCCAGCACAACACAGAAAUCCGGUUAUCUGUUGGAAAAGUGGCAGAUAAAGUAGAUCAACUGGCCUCAAAGAUAGAUGACCUUCAAAGGCAGGGAAGUGUUCCAAUGGGUGUUUCUAGUAUGUCGAUGGAAACCUCCAUGAUUGUACACAACAUCCAAAGAAUUGUGCAGGAAAAUGAAUGUUUAAAAAAGGAAGUCUUUGACAAAAGCUCUCGCAUUGAAGAGCAAAAUCGAAAGAUUGGGGAGCUCAUUAACCAGAACCAGAGGUACAUGGAGCAGAGUAACCUGCUGCAGGAAAAGAGAAACGACUCCCUUAAGUCGUCCAGUGAACACAACCAGGCCAGAAUUCUACAGGCUGAGCAAGACAAGGUUCGUCUGACGGAGGAUCUGGCUUCAUCCUCAGCCCGGCUGUCUGAGCUGCAGCUGGAAGCUACUUCCCACCGGCAGAAGGCUGUGGAGCUGCAGAGUAAACUGAGCUCAGUGCUGCUGGAUACUGAGAGUCAGGGCAAGUGCAUCACUGCCCUGGAAACAGAACUGGAAGAGCUGAAGGAGACAGCAGAGAGGACACAGGCCCAGUACCGCUCAGAGAGGCAAAGACGCAAAGAGACAGAGCUGAGGGUCAACAACACCGAGGAGGAGCUGCAGGACCUAAGGACUGAUAAAGAAGGUCUAGAACGAACACUUUUGGAAAGGAAGAAGAAGUGGCAGGCGGAGCGUCAACGUCGGGACGAGGAGGUGGAGGAGCUCCGCAAGAGCAGCCAGCAGGAGCUGGACAACCUCCGAGCUCAACUUCGCAAGGCUAGGACCAGCACUGACAAUGCUGCAUCUGAGCAGUUGUCUCAGCUGCAGGCUGAGCUUGAGGAGGACUGGAAGGGGAAGUAUGAGCACAUGUUGGCGUCUGUUAAAGAGCAGCACAGGAGAGAUCUGUCUGAACUUACAGAGCAGAGAGAUGCUCUGCAGGACAAGUUAACCCAGCUACAGGAAAAGUUUACUCAUCUGAAGCAGUCAAGGGAUUCGGAAGAGCAGAUUUUGCUCCAGCACAACGGGCAGACUGAGGAGCUGCAGGCCCUUCAGGAAAAAUACACAGCCUUGGAGCAGCAAGCAGGAGCUGUAAAGGAGAAGCUUGAAAAUAAAAUGGCUGAACUGGAGAAGAAACUGGCAGAGCAGGAGAGUUCGGGAGACACUGCAACAGAGGUGAAGCGUGUGAUGAACGGAGUUUUUCAUUCUCUGCGAGCGGAGUUUGACCUUAGUGAAUCUUACUCAGGCCAGGCUGUGCUUGGGGUGAUUGUCAGCACCAUCAAGAAUGUAACUCUACAGCUGCUCAGUGGCACACAAGGACCUUCUGUCCUUCCCAAGAAGGAAGAGGAUGCGGAGGAACAGGAGGAAGAAGCAAGUGAUGAUGUGAAACAAAGUGAGGAGAAACCUCAUCAGAAUGUGCAUGUGAAUGGAGAGAGACAAGUCAAAGAGGAAGAAAAAGAAGAAGAACAUGAGGCUGAGUUGAAUUCUUACCAUGUCAGUGAGACUCAAAUGAAUCAGGACAUAGGGCAAGAGGAGACAGAGACAUCAACUGAAUCAAAGACACAAAGCCAAUCUGAGACAUUACAGGCCACUGAUCUCCAUCCAGUUUCAUUCAGUGAAGGGUCACUUCAGGAGCCAGCGGAAGAAGCAGCAGCAGCAGAGAGUGAAGGACAGCAGGAGCAGGGAGAACAACCUGUUCCUGAAAGCCCAACAGAGUCCAGAGACUCCAACAAAUCUGCACAUCCAGAUGAUGGAUCUGAUCAGAGUUCAGCAUCUGACGAUGGACAGGAAAGUGCUGCAGAGAGCAGUGAGGUGGACAAGGAGAACAUGGACAAUAGAGAGCAUGUAGAAGAAAAGAAUGCUGCUCCUGAGGAAUCUUUUGGACCCCCAGCCAACCCACCUCCACCACCAGACACAAUUCAGAAGACCCCAUGCCUGACUGAGGGAAUUAGUGAGGAAAAUGGAUCGGAGCCAUUUUUCCAGAUCACAGCUCCUGCCAAACCCUCCGCAGCAGCCAGCGAGGAGGAAGAGGAGGAUGAGAUGAGCUUGAAGGGCCGCCCACCACCCGCCCCUCUGUUUGGUGAAGAGGAGGAUGACGACGAUGAUCUGGACUGGCUGAACUGAGAUGGAACCAGAAUAAUUUAAUUUUGCGUCUUAAUUUCUGACUCUACAAACCAGACGCAGGGUGUUUGACCUGUUGUUUGUGCCUGGCGGAGCCGUUAGGAUGAACGUCUGCACGUCUGAGUCCCGACGAUCCACGAUCUGAUGCUGCAGUUAUGGUUGGAACAUGAAGUCUGUAAAACAUGAUUAAAAAGGCCACAUCUGUUAGUGAUGCGAUUAAGUACCGAACCUUUACAUGGCACUGUAGCAGAGUUUGUUGAAUCAGCAGUAAUCCUCUUAUCAGACUGUACCACGUUUUUUAAUCAUUAGCUUGCUGCUUUAAGAGUAGAACUUUUACACGGUUUUGCUGACCUGAAAUUGAUUCCAGGAAAUAAAUAGCAUUUAUCUUUUCUU